CUUUGCAAAAUAAGGUUUAUGCUCGUCCAGUUUAGUGAUAUUUACAAUAAAAACCAUGAUUUCUUAUAAAGUGUUUAUGACAUUAACUGUUAUAUUUAUAAUAAGCUGUAAAGCUGGUAAUGUAGAAGACGGUGAAAGUAAGUAUACUGAUUUUAUACGAGUGAAAUAAAAUAAAUGACACAAUUUAUUUGUAUAAAAAAUCACGGGGAAUAGGAAGUUCCUACACGAGAGUAGCAGGUACAUACGUUAGUUCCUACACGGUACAAUAUGAUGAUUAAAAAAUAUAAUACAAAUUGCAAAAAUAUAAAUUUUUUUAUGAGAUUUAUUUCUAUAGCCUAAACAUUUAACAAAACCGUAUUUACACAAUCGUAACCACAAUUAGUAAAAAAAAACCAAAAUCAGUAAAAAAUCCACCGAAAAAGAAGAAUUCAUAAAUGAAGAAAUUUCAGAUUAUACAACGAACAAAAUUAAUCAAUACAAUUUUGUUAAGUUUUUAAGUUAUAGAAAUAAACCUCAUAAAAUAUAAAAUUUCGUAUUAUGUGAUUUUUAUUAUAUUUUUUAAUCAUGUUUGCUGGUACGGCAGAUGGUAUAUUGCUCCCACCUUAUACUGUUUAUAAGGCAAAAACAAUAUCUGACAGUUGGCGCUUAGGUGGUCCAAAAGGAUCAAGAUAUGCAUCAAGCCAAUCUGGAUGGUUUGACAGUUACUCAUUUGAUGACUGGAUUAAAAGUAUUGCUAUACCAUACUUGAAAAAAUUACCUGGGAGAAAGAUAUUAAUUGGUGACAAUUUAUCCAGUCACAUUUUAAUGGAAUCAAUUAAAGCUUGUAAAGAACAUAAUAUUUCAUUUGUUUUUUUACCUGCAAACUCUACUCAUCUUACCCAGCCACUUGAUGUUGCCUUUUUUAGGCCACUGAAGUGUCAUUGACGUAUUAUAAUGGAAAACUGGAAAAAUGGGGAUGGAAGGAAUGAGUGUUCGGUAGGUACCUAAAGAUCGUUUUCCACGACUUCUCAAUAUUUUGAUGAAAAAAAUAUCAGAAAAUUGUGCUAAUAAUUUAAAAUCGGGUUUCGAAAAAUGUGGAAUAUACCCUCUAAAUCGUGACAAGGUAUUAAAUAUGUUGCCAGUAGAAUAUGAUGACCCAGAUGUUUCUGAUCAUGUCAACAGUAGUUUAAAAGAAUUUUUAAAAACUAUGAGAAGUCCUGAAACAACAAAUGUGCGUCAAAAGAGAAAAAAAUUGAAUGUUCAACCAGGACAAAGUGUUGAGGUUGUGAGGAGUUCUAAUUCUGAAUAUGGAGAUCAAUCUGAUUCUUCCAGUACAGUUGACCAACCAGAAGAUGUUGUUGAUUCUAUUAUAUCCCCAGCAGUAAUUUCAGAUGAUAGCUCAGAUGAAGAAGAUGAUAGCUCAGAUGAAGAAGAUGAUGGUGAUGUAAAUAUUGAGACUUUACCACAUAUUAUAAAAUACAAUCAACGUUUUGACAAUGUCCAUCCUAUUUCUCAAAUGGCUGAUGUAAAAGAUGGAAUGUGGUUACUAGUUAGUUUCGAGGUCAUAUCAAAAAAAACAACAACUAGUAAGAAAAUUUAUAAGUAUUAUAUUUGUAAAGUUUUAAAAUGUGAUCAUGGUGAGCUUAUUGGUACAUCUUUAAGAAACAUCAAUACAAGAGACCAUUUUGGAUUUAUAUAUGGGUUCCCAAAUGUUACAGACGAAUUUACAUUUAGUUUCUUCCAAAUAAUUGGUAAGCUGGAUGACCCUAAACCAUAUAAAAGAGGUUUAUUUAAAUUUAAAAUUAACUACAAAUCAUUAUAAGUAUUUGUUAUAUAAAUUGUACAUUUGUACUUACCUAUAUUCUUAAUACCAAGGUGGGUAUGUUUAAAGUAUCCAAAGAAGACUUUACUUUAAUAAGUUAAUAUAAGAAAAAUAAAGGCUAUUAAAUUCAAAGACUGAAUUUAUUAUUUUAUUUGUUAAAUUGUUUAAAAUGUUGUUUUGUAAGUUUAUAUAAUUAAAUUAGUUAAUAUAAGAAACUUAAAAAGACUAUUAAAUUCAAAGACUGAAUUUAUUAUUUUAUUUGUUAAAUUGUUUAAACUGUUGUUUUGUAAGUUUAUAUAAUUAAAUUAGUUAAUAUAAGAAACU